AUGUCCGACUCUGCUGACUAUGCCAGCUAUCAACCAUCUGCCGAAUAUCGGAGUGUCGAUGAAUUUAUAGGCUCUGUUUCAGACAUAGCUAUUGAUAGACCUGAAGAACUGCCUAUUCCAGAUCAAACUUCAACUUUUGAGCCUACCACCUUCCAAUUUGAUACUCAUAAUUCAUUUCCAUUCCGAGACGCGACUUGCUCUCAACAAGUGCCUGACGAUGCUUUUGACAUGACUACCACCAUCCCAGCAUCUGGAGAUCCCGUUGAGGGCAACAUCACUCCGCUCAGGUGUAGCAUUACCAACUGCUUCGAAGACGUUAUCUUUCCGAAUACAGCUGCUUUGAGUAAGCACAUCGAGAAGAAACACACCAAGCCAUAUACUUGCCUUGUCCCAAGUUGCAAACAUCCCCAAUUCGGUGACAAGUCCGGAUUAGAACGUCACAAACGGGAAGUACACAGUUCACAGAUCUUCCGCUGCCCCAUAAUUUCAUGCAAACGUCACACGAAAGGCUUCAACCGCGCGUAUAAUCUACAUGACCAUACCAAGCGUUGUCAUCCACAAGCCAGCAGAUCCAGGGCCAUGCUCUUUCCUAAGUCAUCACGACUCGACUAUCAGGAAAGCCAAGGGAGGACCGAAAGCACUGACGAGAUUGCGAGCCCAGUAAGUGAAGUCGGUGAGGGCAGGGAUAUGGGCCAGAGUCAGAAUAAUGUUCAAGGAAUUGGGGAAAGGCUGGAGAUGCUUCGUAGAUUGAGAGCUGAUCUGGAUAUUGAUAUUCAGGCUUUGGAGAGGACGGUGGAGAUCUUGAGGAAUUCGUGA